GAGGGAGAGCGAAAGAGAGAGAGAGGAGAGAGAGAGAGGGAGAAGAACUCAGAUCUGUGGGCAGGGUGGCAGUGUCUGGACACUGGCCACGCUCACCCUUGCAUAUUCUGUUCAAAACAUCAUGGCAAGCUGGCUGCCCACAGGCCCACUCUCGUUGGGCAGUUUAUUCUCUCUCCUCGCCCUUCCUUCUUCUGCUACACUUCACUCAAAAUCUUCCUCUUUUGAUCUCGAUUUCCAUUAGCCCUCUCUUCAGUGAGGCCCAUUACGCAACAAUUUAUAUGGCAUACUCCAAAGCCAAAUGAUAUUGUCAGCAAUAUUUCAUAUUCUCCCCUUACCAUGGUGAAUGCCAAAGUAUAACCUCAGCAGAGGACUACCAGGUACUGCAGUUUCCUCCCUCACAAACUAUUUGAGCUGGUACCUAGUAGAGAGGGGCGCAUUCCAUAAACAUUCCAUAUCUGGUGUAUCACUUGUCUGGCGUAAUGGAUUGCCCUUGUGCCAUGUGUCAUGUGCAUUUGCACAAUUAUAGGAUUCUGGAAGAAAUUCUGCAUCCACUGUACAUUUUCUUUCAGAAUAAGAUAUAUGCUGGCAUUUUGCACUCCACUUUGCUAGAGAAUGAUUCAGCAGGAAGAGAUAGGCGCUGCCUGUAAUGUUUUGACAGUCUCCCAUAGUUGUCUAUGACAGGAACAGCAUCAGAAACAGGAUAUCCAUGACAGUGAGCUCUGCUGUGUCGCCCUGGAAAAUGAGAGAGCAGCAGGCUUGCUCUCUCCACUCUGGCUGUCACAUCAGUUGUGAACUCACUGGGCCAUAACCAGUGCAGUUUAGUGAGAGAUCAGAUGCAAAACAUUAGACUUUGACCUUCUCCACAAACAACAAUAACCACAGUGGUCUAUCCUCCAAUAACUACUUAAAAGCAAAAAUGGAUAAACGAUCACAUGUAAGGAUUACGUUUGUUUGCAAAAACGCAAUCAAAACAUGAUGUAUAGUCUACCUAUCUAUAAGUCUACAUCUACCGCCAAGUGUACAAUUUGUAACCUGGUUUUAUUUGAAGAACUGAUAAUAGCACAACACAUUAAGCGUUUACAGAUAGCCUGAGUGUUCAUAGACUUCAAAUGAUUUAGUAGGCUACUUUCACACGUCCAACUGCACAUUUACUGCGUCCUUUUCCACGCCACUGGUCUAGAAGCAUGCAGUAGCCUAGGCUAUACACGGCGACACAGUGGCCAUAUCGUAAUCUACACAGAACAUUUGAGUGGCAGGCGGAAGACAACGGAGGACAGACCUAACGCUCCAGCAGUAUAGGAGGGGAGGGGAGGUUUACGAUCGACAGAGAGGCGAGAAAGAGAGAGAGAGAGAGAGAGAGAGAGAGAGCGAAAGAGACAGAGGAGGGAGAACGUACCAGGAUAGCUUGUGGUUUUCUCGGAACGUCUCCGUCAUCAGUGACUGAAGCAACAUUUAUCGAUGAAAACGCGUGCUUUUCUGCGAUGUUAAAACGGGGAGUGGAUACAAAGCUUGCUUCCGAGUUUCUCUCACAGCGUGAGCUGCAAAACAGAGGAACCUGUCAUUAGCAUAAUUUAUCUCAACACAGAUUGACAGUUCAGACAAAACAAAUAGCUAAAAGACUAACCACUUUCUUUGCGAAAUAUGAUGGAGUACUGGAGGCAAUGCGCGUCUUGGUUGAUCAACUGCAAGGUGCUUCCACCGACCCACCGGGUAACAUGGGAGUCUGCCCAGGUGUUCGAUCUAGCCCAAACACUCCGGGAUGGUGUUCUUCUGUGUCAGCUUCUCAACAAUCUGAGACCGCAGUCCAUUAACUUGAAGGAGAUCAACCUAAGGCCACAGAUGUCACAGUUCCUCUGCUUGAAGAACAUCCGGACAUUCCUCAGCGCCUGCUCCGAGAUCUUUGGCAUGAAGAAGAGCGACCUGUUCGAGGCCUUUGACCUGUUCGAUGUGAGGGAUUUUGGAAAGGUAAUGGACACAUUGUCCAAGCUGUCACACACAAGUAUUGCACAAAAAACAGCUAUAAGGCCUUUUCCAACAGAAGACAGUGUUGAGGACGAAGAGAUUUACAACCAUUUGGAGGACCUAAUAGAUGAGAAUGGCGUGGAGGAUGAGGAGGACCUGUACGACUGCGUGUACGAUGACGGUGAGGGGGAGGAGGUGUACGAGGACUUGAUGAAGGCCGAGAGCGUGCCGCCACCGAAACAGGCUGAGACGGACAUCAGGAGCUGCUGUCUAACGGAGAUCAAACAGACGGAGGAGAAAUACACAGAGACGCUGGACUCAAUUGAGAAGUACUUUUUAAAGCCUCUUAAAACAUUUCUCACUGCUGUGGAAAUUGAGACAGUCUUUGUGAAUAUUCCGGAACUUGUUCAAGUUCACAAGAGACUUGUUGAAGAAGUGAAGGACUCUGUCACGCUCAAUGGCGCCAAGAACCUCUACCAGGUUUUCCUCAACUACAAGGAGAAGUUACUGAUUUAUGGGAAGUACUGUAGCCACGUGGAGACAGCCAUAUCCGUGCUUGAUGACAUUUGCAAAGAGAAGGAGGAUGUUCGGUUGAAGCUUGAGGAGUGUUCAAAGAGAGCCAAUAAUGGGAAGUUUACGCUGAGGGACCUCCUGGUCGUGCCGAUGCAGAGAGUCCUGAAGUACCACCUUCUCCUUCAGGAAUUAGUGAAACACACUCAGGACAGCACUGACAAGAGCAAUUUACGGAAAGCCCUCGACGCCAUGAAGGACCUGGCACAGUAUGUCAAUGAGGUCAAAAGAGACAACGAAACACUGAGGGAAAUUGACCAGUAUCAGAAAUCCAUUGAAAACCUGAAUCAGCCUCUUCGUAACUACGGGCGGCCAAAAGGUGAUGGAGAAGUUCGAGUGUCCUCGCUGGACAAACGUGCUAAACAGGACAGACACAUCUUCCUGUUUGACGCCGCCGUGAUCGUGUGCAAGCGUCGGGGCGACAACUACGAGAUGAAGGAGGUGAUCGACCUGUAUCUCUUCAAGAUCACCGACAACCCCACAGCAGACAAGGAGAACAGAAAGUGGUCCUAUGGAUUCUACCUCACACAUAACCUGGGCCAGAGUGCCUUCGAGUUUUUCUUCAAGACCAAAGAACUGAAGAAGAAGUGGCUGGAACAGUUUGGCAUGGCCCUGUCCAACAUCCGACCGGAAAACGCCAACAGGAGCCACAACUUCCACAUGCACACCUUCGACCGGAUCACCUCCUGCAGCUCCUGUGACAUGCUGCUGAGGGGCGUCUUUAAUCAGGGUUAUCAGUGCAGUAAGUGUGGGGCAGGAGCCCAUAAGGAGUGCCUGGGCCGUCUGGGCUUCUGUGGAAAAGCUCCGGGACGACCUGAUGAGCCAGUACCGCGGCCACGAUCAGACCCAGGUCUGCCUAAGAUGCAGGUGAUCCGUAACUACUACGGCGUGCCCAGCCCUCUGUGUGGCCCAGCGCUCAACAUCCAGAUCGGAGACGUCAUCGAGCUCCUCUGCGCCGACCUUCACAGCUCCUGGUGGCAGGGCAGAAUCCUGACGACGCGAGAGGUUGGCUUCUUUCCCAGCGAUGCAGUUAAGCCUUGCCCAUGUGUACCUAAACCUGUUGAUUACUCGAGUCAGCCUUGGUACGCUGGGCUGAUGGAGCGGCAACAGGCGGAGGCCGAGCUCAUGAACCGCGUCAACAGCACCUACCUGGUGCGCCACCGGAGCCGGGAGUGCUCGGAGUACGCCAUGAGCAUCAAGUACAACAACGACGUGAAGCACAUCAAGAUCCUGGCCAAGGAGGGAGGCUUCCACAUCGCCGAGAAUAAGAAGUUCAGGAGUAUAUUAGAGCUGAUCGAAUACUACAAACACCACUCCCUACGGGAAGGAUUCAAAAGCCUGGACACCACACUGCAGUACCCAUACAAAGAGCCCGAAAAUGCACUCAUGCAACGCGCCAACCGCGCUGGAAGCAACAUGUUCACGCCUAAAGUGAUCGGUGUGGCGAUAGCACGCUACGACUUCAGCUCCCGGGACACACGAGAGCUCUCGCUGCAAGAGGGCGAUGUGGUCAAGAUCUACACCAAGUCGGGGGCCAACGGCUGGUGGAGGGGAGAGGUCAACGGCAGGGUGGGCUGGUUCCCCUCGACGUAUGUGGAGGAGGGAGAAGAGUGAGGAGCGCCGGACGCUGGCCGGAGAAAAAGAAGAAAGAGAAACACAAGGAACAGGACCUGAAAAGAGAGAGAGAGAGAGAGAGAGAGAGAGAGAGUGACCGGCGAAGGAGAACUGCACCACACUGGCAUUGAUGAACUGUAGCCAGAGGGCCUGACCUGUUUGUGGGUCAACGGGUGGAGUGGGGAUGGGGUUAGAGAGAGAGGGUGGGGGGCAUUUCUCCGAACAGUUUUACAUGGUGCACCCCUCCCCUGCUCUCCGCUCCUCUUCCACUCCUCCGCUCCGCUCCACCCUGCCCUGCCCUGCCUGGCCUUUAAGCCCCAGUGCUCCACAUCCUCCACCCUCUCCACCCCCUCCACCCCCCAGCAGCA